UUCUGUUUUCGGCGCAUUACUGUCUUGCCCUUUUGCCGUCCGGAAUACAUACAUAUCAAGUUAUGCGCCUCCGCUCCCCUGGGUUUCCUGGAUCGUGCGUCUAACACGCACCGCUGAUCUGCUGCUGCUGCUGCUGCUGCUGCUGCUGCUUCCCGAACUGCUGCAGAUUCCUGCUUCCACUCUUUUGAACACAGCUCAGUGACCGAAACCCAAGACUUCAAACGAGCUCUCUACUCGGAAGGUUGCAAGAUCCAGGGCAAUCAUGACUUCGCAAUGGCUUGUUGGCGGGAUGCCGCCGCCCCCGGGAGUCGAGCCCAACUUUAUCGAUCCGUAUGACCAUAUGUCGGAGAACAUUGCGCUGCACUCGACCUUAUUGACGAUAACCACGCUGGCCGUGGGCAUGAGGCUGUACACGCGCGCUAUCAUCACAAAGGCCAAGCUGGGCGUGGACGACUACUUUUGUGUGAUAUCAUACUGUUUGGUUGUUGGGUUUUCGGUAUUCAUGUUUCUUUGUUACAACAAAGGCAUCGGGCGCCAUCUAUGGAAUGUUCCCGUUCAAUAUGUCGUAGAUAUGCUAAAGUUCUUCACCAUCGGCUCGUACAUCUACUUACUCGCCUCGGGCUGCGUCAAACUCACAUUCCUCUUUUUCUACUACCGCAUCUUUGCGGGAUCUACUAGGAUGCGCUAUCUCAUCAUUGCCGGCAUCGUCCUGACGUUUGGCUUCACCACCAGCCUCUUCUUCGGCACCGUCUUCAGCUGCAUCCCCGUCGAGCGAGCGUGGAACCCGACUGUGCCUGGCCAUUGUCUAAACCCUAUCUAUCUGCCAUACGUCUCUGGUAUCUCGAGCUCAGCUUUGGACCUGUACACGCUCGUGCUGCCUGUGCCUGUCGUGGUGGGACUCAACAUGGACUUGAAGAGGAAGCUCAAGGUAGUUGCGGUGUUUGGCAUUGGUCUCUUUGCCUGCGCUGCCAGCCUUGUCCGGCUUGGAAUGACACCGAUUCUCCGCAGCAAUCCCGAUGCUUCCUGGAACCUCUCCUGGAUGGCCGUGUGGGCCACCGUCGAGAUCAACGUCGGCCUCACCUGCGCCUGUCUGAUGCUUCUCCCCGCCUUCCUCAACCACGUCCUCGAGGGCCCCAUCAUGGACUCCAUGUCUCGCCUCUUCUCCGGCGCCUUUGGGCGCAUCUCCGGACGGAGAACGCAAGAGAGCAAGUCGCCCAUCGGGGGCCACGACACUUGGGUGCCCUACGUUCAGCAGCGAGACUCGGAUUCGCAGUUUAAAGGCAUCAACAGCCACCAGAUGACGAAAAAGGCCGCGAUAUUCACUUCGGAGGUUUUCUGUUUGCCCUUUUGCGUUCAUGAUCACUUUCUUGAGGCCUGGGUCUACUUUUGA